AUGUAUCAUGCUUUGUGAACUGAAAUGCCUCCCUACCGCAGGUUCAAAUCAUCUGUGUGCAACAUGGUGUACCCUAAACCUAGACAAGAAUACUACUGGUAACAUGACUAUAUAUGGUCGGGGGUGAAUCCUAAUAAUCGCUUUCCUCCUGAAGUGUGCACUCGUUCACUACUUGACACAAAUUUAAAAGCAUUUGAUUGGCUCUAGAGGGAGUUGGCAUAGACCAGUAAUGUCCAUUCAAAUCCAUGAAGGGAAGUGAACAAGUGCACACUUCGGGAGAAAGGAGCGCUAUCUGGGAUGCUUCCUUGGUCCCUCGCUCCAUCGGUUUAUACCAGUCCAUUUCUUCUGUUGCACAUCGUAGUCACGUGAGUGUAACAAACAAUUUCCAAUUCAGGGAUUACAUUUCUUAGCAAUCCUCAUCCAUUGCAUAUAUCCGACAUGACCAAUACCUUAUUGAAUAAAUUUCCCGCAUAAUGUGUUCAGACUGAGGACACUGCGUAGGCGAAUAAGCCUGCAUAAUAAGAUUGGCAUUUAGAUGGUGGGUUCAAAGGAUCUCAGCUUUGUUUCCCUUGGCCACCACGGCAUAAUUGCAUACUCAUCGCACGGGAAAUAAUGUACAGUAUUGUAUUUAAGUGUGUGUGUGGGGAGACACCGACGCCGCACAUACUCAGUCCGCAGCUCAGCCUGCUGCUCCUCGUAGGCUCCUCCCUGGCGUGCGCGUGAGGAGAGAGGAGACCGAGAUCCGCAAGCGGUUCAGAGGGGGGGGUGCGUCGCGCAGGCAGGACCGAGGAGGAAUCACCACAGCCCCGGCCGGGACUGCCAGACCCGACCCGCUGGAUCCCUGGAGGAACGGAGAGAACACGUCGCCCAAGGGAGAGGAGCUCUGUUCAGGUCUAUGUGAAACCAUAUACUGGAUGAAAGCUCUCUCUCAUGAUGUUCUCGUCUGUGAAGGCCUUCGAGGGGCAGCAGUACUCCACCCUGAAGAGGCAGUGCCUUGCCAGCGGCCUGCUGUUCGAGGACCUGCGCUUCCCCGCAGUGGAUGACACCCUCUUUUACCAGGGCAACAGGAUUGGACGUGUGCACUGGAAGAGACCCCGGGAGCUCUGUGAGGACCCUCACCUGUUUGUGGAUGGGAUCAGUGCGCACGACCUGCACCAGGGCCAGCUGGGAAACUGCUGGUUUGUGGCGGCGUGCUCCAGCCUGGCCUCCAGAGAGUCCCUGUGGUCCAAAGUCAUCCCAGACUGGAAGGAGCAGGAGUGGGACACAGAGACGCCUGAGUCAUAUGCCGGAAUCUUCCACUUCCGCUUCUGGCGCUUUGGCGAGUGGGUGGACGUGGUGAUUGACGACCGGCUGCCCACGGUGGACAACCAGCUGGUCUACUGCCACUCAGAUGACAGUAACGAGUUCUGGAGCGCACUGGUGGAGAAGGCCUAUGCGAAAGUGUACGGCUGCUACGAGGCCCUGGACGGUGGGAAUACGGCGGAUGCACUGGUGGACUUCACAGGGGGUGUGUCGGAGCCUAUGGACCUGCUGGAGGGCCAGAUGGCCACGGACGAGGUGGCCCGCAACCAGCUGUUUGAGAGAGUGCUGAAGGUCCACAACCGGGAUGGCCUCAUCAGCUGUUCCAUCCGGGCAACCACUGUGGAGGACAUGGAGGCGCGGCUGGACUGCGGCCUGGUCAAAGGCCACGCAUACGCGGUGACGGAUGUGAAGAAGGUGCGUCUGGGCCAGGGCCUGCUGGCCUUCUUCAAGUCAGAGAAGCUCAACAUGAUCCGCAUGAGGAACCCAUGGGGAGAGAAGGAGUGGAGCGGGCCCUGGAGCGACAGCUCAGAUGAGUGGAAGAAGGUGAGCAAGAGUGAGAGAGAGACUGGUGUCACCUGGCAGGACGACGGAGAGUUUUGGAUGACGUUUGAUGACUUCUGCCAGUACUUCACAGACCUGAUCCUGUGCCGCCUCAUCAACACCUCCUACCUGAGCAUCCACAAGACUUGGGAGGAGGAGGUGAUGAGGGGCUCCUGGGUCCCCCGCCAAGAUCCCCUGAGGAACCGCUCUGGGGGCUGCAUCAACCACAAGGCUACCUUCCUGCAGAACCCACAGUUUGUGUUUGACGUGAAGAAGGUAGAGGACGAGGUGUUGAUCGCCCUGCAGCAGAAGGAGAGAAGAGCCACCACCAAAGAGUGCAAAGGAGAUAACCUGGCCAUAGGCUUUGACAUUCACCGGGUGGAACUGAACAGAAAGUACCGCAUGCACACGGCCCAGCAGAAGGUGGCGGGCUCCAUCUACAUCAACUCGCGCUGCGUCUUCCUCAGGAAGGAGCUCAAAGAGGGUCGCUACGUCAUCAUCCCCACGACUUUUGACCCCAGGCAGCAGGGUGACUUCUUGUUGCGGGUCUUCACCGACGUGCCUUCAGACUGCAAAGAGUUGAACCUAGACGAGCCCCCCCAGACGUGUUGGACGGGCAUGUGUGGUUACCCCCAGCUGGUCACCCAGGUCCACGUUCUGAGUGCAGAGGGACUCCAGGGCCAGGACUCGAAUGGGGCCUCUGACCCGUACGUCAUCAUCACGUGUGAGGGGGAGCGGGUGCGCUCACCGGUGCACAAGGACACACGGAGCCCCAACUUUGACGUCAAAGGGCUGUUCUACCGCAAGAAGCCGAAGGAAGGCAUCCACAUUGAGAUCUACAAUAAGAAUGUGAUUGUGGAUACCUUCCUGGGUCAGGUGACCCUGUCCAGUGACCCUAACGACCGGCAGGUGCAGCACACGCUCCACCUGCGCGACAAGGGCAAUCGCCAAGACAACGACCUCCCAGGCACAGUCACCGUGCGCCUCAUCACCUGCACCACGCUCAUCAACAUAUGACGCCCCUUCCGUCGCCGCUCUUGCCAUGGAAUGUCUGAGUUACCUUUGACCUUGGUCAUCAUGACAACCCUUUGCCUCCCCCUCCCCUUCCCACUCCUAAACAGAGCAUGGCAAUUAACCUGUUAACCCUGGGAUCUAGCUCCACCCGACCCGGGGCCCCCCUAAACAUAUACAGACACAGCUUGGUGUCUUUUUUUCUCUUUCUCUCUCUCGCACACACGUACACGCACACGCACACACAAACACACACACACACACACAGAGGCCGUGUCUGAAUAGCUGUACUUGCGUUCUAAAGAGUAUGCGAAAAUAGAAAGUUUCAUAGUAUUUGACAAACAGUAUGCUUUAAAACUCAGGAUGCCAUACUGGUUUCAUUUUUUCAUCUAGUAUAAUUUGCUGCACACUAUUGAGGAAGAGAAGCAUAAUUUCAGACCCACGUGUGAUUGACAACAGCUGAUGAUAAGCUAUUCAUCAGAUAAGAGGACGGGCUGUACCAAAACGAACGAAUAGCAGGAACUAACUGAUUAGAUGACGCAUUCUCAGUGUGGGUGAGUCUAGUACACUGAUAUGUUCCUUACUGCAUACAUAUACUAAACAGUACGUUCUUAAUAGUAUGUAGCAUGAUUAGUACACAGUAUUUAGUUUUAGUAAGUAGUAGACAAGACAGAUUUCAGAAACAAUCACACACUCCUAUCUCUCUACAUGCCUUCAACUCUCCCACACACACAUACCUUUUAACAUGCGCCUGCACUCCUAAUACAUCUCCCAGUGUCACUAAGGGCUAAGCAUCGCCUUAAAGCUGAGUGGGUCUCUUUAGGACCCUGUGUCUUUUUAGGACCAGCCAUAUGUCGGGUGGGAGGGGGGUCAUGGUAUUGGGUGGUAUACUGGGACCCCCUCUAUCCAUCCUAUUCGCUGAGUGUUUUGUACUCUGUCUCUUGACUGAUGUCGCAGCCCCAUUGUAGUCCCAGAAAGACCAUAUUAUCAGCCUUUACUGUUUCUUCCAUCAAUGACUGGGUGUCGUUUGGGAGGCAACCUAUAGUCCUCACAAAACAAGCCAACUACCAAGAAAGUGACGCCAAAAGCACCGAUGACUGCUGGUGUUUAUGUGAGUGUAGCCUUGCCUCCUCCCCCCUCCAUCCCAUCCAUCCCCCUUUCCUCCUCCCACUCCCGUCCCCUCGGACUACGCUUCUACCGGUUGCCAUGGACGAUAUCGAGUUUAGCAUGGCUAAAAAAGACUGCCUGCAUUGCGCAUCCCCCAUCCCCUUUACACACACACACACACACACACACACACACACACACACACACACACACACACACACACACACACUCGUAGCUUAGCAACCGGAGCUUUUGAUAUGCCCCAGUGACUGUGGAGCUCCGCCUGCCAUAUUCAAGUGCUUUACGGGACCAAAGACAGAUCAGGCUUUCCCUUCUCUCUCCCUCUCUUGCCGGCGCCAGUCGCCACUGUGCCACGUCAAUCGGUCUUCUCUAUGGCAACGCCACUGCCUGACACUUCCUGAGUCUUGGGACUCCUGUCAUGUGACCUGAGCUUUCGACUUGUGGGCCUUUGAAUCAUGUGACCCAAGAAACAGUAGCUGUGUCUCCUCUGCUGCGUAAAUCAGUUGU